AUGACUGCGGGACCGACAGCUGGCAGAGACGUUAAACUGGUCCCAAUCAUUCCAGAUGGAGGAUGGGGUUGGGUAGUAGUACUUGGAUCUUUUGCCGUACAUGUUAUAGCUGAUGGAUUUGUAUAUUCAUUCGGUGUACUCGUUGAUGUCCUUAUGAAGGAAUUCGAUUCGGACAACACUAUGGCUUCUUUCAUCAUAUCGCUGUUAACCGGUCUCACCUUAGGAUCUGGACCUUUAGCAUCUGCUAUUUGUAAUAAAUAUGGAUGCCGGACGACCACAAUCAUCGGCGCAGGCAUCGCUUUUGUAGGAUGUGCCGUAGCGUCAUUUGCCACAGCCAUGUGGCAUAUAGUUGCCUCUGUAGGAAUUGUAAUGGGUAUAGGCUUUGGUCUUAUGUACUGUCCAGCUAUCGUUAUAGUAACAAUGUACUUUGAAAAACGACGAUCUUUAGCAACUGGAAUCGCAGUCUCUGGUGCUGGAGUUGGCACAGUAUUAUUCUCACCGAUAAACGAUUUUAUUAUUAGUCAUUUUGGUUGGAGAGCGGUUUUCUACUCCUUUUUAGGAAUCCUUUCGAUCUGCGUCUUAGCCGGUGCGUCAUUCCGCCCUCUUCCAUUUAGAGAAGUUGAUGAUGAGGACGAGGUUGAGCGCAAACAAACCCCCAAGAAGCCCAAAGCAGGAAAAGCUGAAGAAAGCGCUUCAUUGCUCACAGAUGAAAAAAGCGCUAGCCCUCAUGAAAUUAUAAAACAAGCCAGAUCAUUGACAGAAAUCUCACCAGUCGAAGAUGGAGAUGUGAUGGCGCGUAAACGAUGUGAAACUGUAGGCGAAAGGGAAGUAGGAUAUUUGAACAAGAAAGAUGUCUUCUAUACCGGAUCAAUAACGAAUGUGGCCGAAUUCAAUGAAAAUCCGGACAAAUGCAGGUAUUAA